CUUUUUACAAAUGGAUGAUGAGCAAAGAAUACAGAGAAUAUGUCCAUAUUCCCAAAUUCAAUAUUAGCUGCAGUGCUAAUAGUCAGCUUGUUAGCUAUAAUCCUAGUGAUCCCAAUUAUAUUGAUCAAAGCAACCUAAUUAACAAUCCUGAAGAAGUUAUCAAUGUUGAACGCAAUCCUUAUAGAUAUACAAAAAAUUAUAUUAUGUAUAUAGAAGAAG